UGUUGAACAAGUGCAUAAACGAGUAUAAGUACAAACAACCGCCAUAGUUUAGACAGGAGUCAUAGAAAAAUCAUCAUACGUCAUUGACUUCCAUAUGAACACAAAGCGAAACGGGAAAUAUUGUAAAACUUACAAAUACAAUUUUCAACAUAAAAGGAAAAAAUUAUAGGAAAUUGAGAAAAAAAAUAUAUGUAAAUGGAAAGUGGACAUGCAAAUAAAUUUACUCGCACAAGUAAACAAAGGAACAGCCUACAAAAAUAGUGAUUUAUACAAAGUAAUGUUAAAAAAAUCAUUGAAAAUGGUAAAACCUUAAAUGAAAAUUAAGAAAAUUAAAGUUUAUAAAACGUGUGAAAAAAAUUUACACAAAUAGUAAAGUUGUAAAUUUGUGUUGAAAAGUGAAAGUUUGAAUGCAAAACUUGAAGAACUUUAAAGUUUUUUCUCCUUCUUCUUGUUAUACGAAAAAAUCCUUGACCUAUUGUGGGGUGUUUUUAGUUUGUUGUUCCUGCUGUACUCCUUUGUAUGGUAGUGUUGUAAUUUGUGUAUUGUUGUUUUUUUUUUUUUUUUUUUGUAUAUGCCUUCCUUUGUCAAUUGAAGUAUUUUUUUUAGUCAUUCAAUUUGUACAUUUCGGCAAAAAAUCAAGGUUAAACUGCAAAAAAAUAUAUAUGAAAAAAAGUUUGUUUUGGCCCUUCAUGAACAUGUUUUAUGGUUCAAAGGAUUUUGAUUAGACAAAGUUAUGCGAAAAAAUCGUUUUACAAAUGUGUAUCGUCGCGGCGUGUGUGGGUUCAUAGACAAGUUCAUUAGAGUGACAACAACUCAGCAAAAAUAUAAAAAAUAUGUUUUCCUUUCAUAUGUUUAGUAUAUAAAUGUUAUUUAUGAGCUCGUUGGCAUAAAAGGAAAAAAAACAAAGGAAAAAUAUAAAAUAAAACUUUAUGAUUAUGGGUUCCUGUCUGGGUAGAAACUCUUCAAACAAACUCAAUUCAAAUAAGAGUACAUCGAGUUUGGUGUCAUCAUGUUUGGGGCGUCAAUCAACAGAUGAUCAGGAUUUGGAUUUAGUUUCAAAUUUAAGUGAUUCCUAUAGAAAACACAAUAUUAUAUUUCGUAUAUGGAAUUUUAAACGAAAGAAAAAAUCCUCACACUAUUUGGAUAAAUUUUGGCAGCAUCAGGAUACCAAUUAUGCCAAAUUAAAUAAUGGAAAUCAAGUGGAAAGUUACUCCGACAUACAACUACAAAAUCUGGACGUUAACAAUCUGCUCAUAACCUCCGGCCACACCAAAGAAACUGCAGUUAACUAUCUACCCAGUCGUGUGCCCAGCUCACGAGCUAGUUCUUCGCUCGAUCUAGAAUGGGAACAUGAAUAUAGUCAAAUACGUCACUUUAACCAGCAGCUGCUUAAGCAGAAAUCUCAAACGCAGCCACAACAGAACUACAGCCAAUUGACUAUGAUGAUGGUGGGCGGCUGUACUACCAAAGAUGAAACAUCAGCAGAUGAAUCGUGGCAGUAUAUGAACCAAGAUGAGGAUCAGUCUAUGGCUUCGUUAAGUUCUCUAGCAGCUGUACCUGAUGCGCUGAAUGCAACGAACAAGAAUAAAGAGCGUUAUAAUGAGAAGCGUAGUCUCUUAAAAUCCAAUAGUCGGGUAAUGUUAAGAACUGGUUCCAUAACACGUAACUCCUCACAUAACUCAUGGUCGCAUAUUUCGACCCCCGAGUCUCUGGAAUGGGAUAUCGAUGAGGAUCAGCAGCAGCAAUUAAAAAUGGAAGAUGAUAAUUUAGAUCAUGAAACCUUAAAAUUAUUACAUCAAAUAGAACAAUUGAAAAAUAGAGUUUUAUAUGAAACCGGCGAAGGUUUAUAUGAUAUUUUAGAUAAUGGAGACUACGAUUAUGUGGGUAAUGGUAUUAGGGCAACAAAUACUAAUGCUACAGGAUCAUUUAAUCGAACAAAUUGUUUUCAAUUGGGUGAUAGUGAUGGUGAAAAUGGCAAUUAUAGUUGAUUACUAGAUUUAGAUGAAGAGAAUGGAAAUUUAAUUUGAAUUUUUCUAACAAAAUGUAAUUUCAAUUUGAGAAAAAAAAAGAAAAAUUUUAACUUAUGAAAACUAAACUAUUACGGAAAUAUUACAUACAUAUAUCAUUGUUACAAUUAAACGAAGUCAAAUGAACUAAAGAAAAUGAUAAAUUCCCCCUUAAAUAAAACAAAACCAAAAGAGGAUUUCAGAUAUCUGACUUUAUAAGACUUUAUAUACCAAGAAGGAAAACUUAUAAGGCGUUUAAGGCAAAAUUCCUUUAAGAUUUCUGAAAUUUUCUUUUGACAAUAUACAUAUACAAGUGCCUCGUUCCAGAUAACAAAAAAAUCUUUCAAGAGAAUUUAUUUUUUUUUAAUUAAAGUUUCAAAAUUAUGUUAUUUUAUGAAGAAAUUUCUAUGAAUUUUAUCUAAUACUUAUACAAAUAUUUAUAUCAAGUAUAGUUUUCCUUAAAAUUAUGAUUAUUUUAAAGUUCAAGCAAAUAUUUAGUUGACCUAACAAACUUUAGUCAAAGCAACUAAUUGUAAACAAAAUUUGCUAUAAAGGGUUUUUAACUCUCUUUAAAGCUCUCCCUCUCUCUCUCUAUUUUAAUCUAUAUAUUUUACAUAAGUAAUAAAUUUUGUAAUUUAGUUUUCUAAUAAAAUUUUUACUUUUUUCAUAAAAUAUAAUUUAUACACUUCACAUAUCCCUUCUCUAAAGAAAACGAAAAAAAUUUUUUAAAAACCAAAAAUCACAAUUAUGUAAAACUACCUAAGGAGCUUUUCACAAAAAGUACCUUUUUCCCUUAAAAUCUAACCAAAAAUGUGAUUUCCUUUUUUUUGAAUCGACGACCAUAAGAACUGGAAAUUUCUAUAACUAAACAAAAAUCGACAACACCACAAAAUAAGAGAAAAUUGUCAAAUGAUAUUGUAAUUAUAAAUUGUAAAUUAUUGAAAAUGUAAG